AUGCCGAGUGUCGUGGGCCACCUCGAUAAUCCGGAACGGUACACCGCGCGCCGCGCGGCGACCCGCUCGUCGGCGGCGCGUUCGUCCUCGCGCUGCUCAAUCGCCGUGUACACCAAGCCCGCCUCCGGCGGCCACUACUUCCUGCUCCGAGGCAAGGAAAAGCCCCUCCGAGGCACGCACCGCUGGACCAUGACCGACGGCACGGCCAUGCGUGGGACCACCCCCAUUGGCGCCACCGCGCCCGGCGUGCUGCCCUCGGACGACGGCGACGGCCUCGACGACGCUGACCUCGCCGCCGCCAUCGCCAACUCGCUCGCCGACUUGUCUCCGCCCGAAGAGCCUCCCGAGCCCAAGUCGAUGCUCAACCGGCCGUGCAAGCACCUCAUCUACUGCCAGACGUGCGCGCCGAAAAUGCUGCGCCUCCCGUGCGGCGUCUGCCGGCGCAACGUCGCCAGGUGCGAGCGCGUCUUUCUUUGA